GAGUCAGCACUGUUUCCUCUUGCUCAGGGUAAGGCGGAACCAGCCCUCCUGACGAUGGGAGGAGCUGUGGUGGACGAGGGUCCCACGGGCAUCAAGGCCCCCGAUGGAGGCUGGGGCUGGGCCGUCCUCUUUGGUUGUUUCGUCAUCACUGGCUUCUCCUACGCCUUCCCCAAAGCGGUCAGUGUCUUCUUCAAGGAGCUCAUGCAUGAGUUUGAUAUUGGCUACAGCGACACGGCCUGGAUCUCCUCCAUCCUGCUGGCCAUGCUAUACGGAACAGGCCCACUCUGCAGUGUGUGUGUGAACCGCUUCGGCUGUCGGCCUGUCAUGCUUGUGGGUGGCCUCUUCGCAUCCCUGGGUAUGGUGGCUGCAUCCUUCUGCAGGAGCAUCAUCGAGAUCUACCUCACCACGGGAGUCAUCACUGGCUUGGGUCUGGCUCUCAACUUCCAGCCCUCUCUCAUCAUGCUCAACCGAUAUUUCAACAAGCGGCGUCCUAUGGCCAACGGACUGGCAGCGGCGGGCAGCCCCGUGUUCCUGUGUGCACUGUCUCCCCUAGGGCAGCUGCUGCAGGACCACUAUGGCUGGCGGGGUGGCUUCCUCAUCUUGGGGGGCUUGCUGCUCAACUGCUGUGUGUGUGCUGCACUCAUGCGGCCGCUGGCAGCCCCCCGGAAGGACGGAGGAUCUGGGCCCCAGCGGUCAUCGAGGCGCCUGCUAGAUCUGAGCGUCUUCCGGGAUCGUGGCUUCCUCCUUUAUGCAGUGGCUGCCUCCAUCAUGGUGUUGGGGCUGUUUGUGCCGCCUGUUUUUGUGGUGAGCUACGCUAAGGACCUGGGUGUGCCUGAUACGAAGGCUGCGUUCCUGCUCACCAUCCUGGGCUUCAUUGACAUCUUUGCACGGCCCACGGCCGGCUUCAUCACGGGGCUCAAGAAGGUGCGACCCUACUCUGUCUACCUCUUCAGCUUUGCCAUGUUCUUCAAUGGCUUCACUGACCUGACAGGCUCCACAGCCAGCGACUAUGGCGGCCUGGUGGUCUUCUGCAUCUUCUUUGGGAUCUCGUAUGGCAUGGUGGGGGCUCUGCAGUUUGAGGUGCUCAUGGCCAUUGUGGGCACCCAGAAGUUCUCCAGUGCCAUUGGUCUUGUGCUGCUGCUGGAGGCAGUGGCUGUGCUCAUCGGACCCCCAUCGGGUGGUAAACUGCUGGAUGCGACGCACAUCUACAAGUAUGUGUUCAUCCUGGCGGGGGCUGAGGUGCUCACCUCCUCCCUCGUGCUGCUGCUGGGUAACUUCUUCUGCAUUGGGAAAAGGCCCGAGGCGUCACAGCCUGAGGCGGUGGCCUCAGAGGAGAAGCUCCACAAGCCCCCUGUGGACGUGAGGGUGGACUCGAGGGAGGUGGAGUACUUCCUGAAGGCAGAGCCUGAGAGAAAUGGGGAGGUGGUUCACACCCCGGAAACCAGCGUGUGAGCAAACCAUCAUGAGCAGCCUGGCCGGGCAGGCGGGCGGGCAGCAGGGAAGAGGCACAGAGACUGGCAACGCUCAUAUUUAUUUCACAGACAAGACCAGCUGAGGUGGGGCCAUUGGCUCAGCUCUUGGCUGCCUGGUCAGCGGGUCAGUAUUUUGCGGGGGGAGGUGGCGGGGUGGGAACCGUGUCAUUCCAAAGUGGAUCUGUGGUGAAGCCAAGCAAGCCCCACAGUUACCAGCUGCCUGUACCAGGGACCCAGCCUGCUGGGCCCAAGCAGCCCAUGCCCCCAACUGUGGCCAAGGACCUAGAAACUUAGGAGACAACAUGACUUUAAUCAGAGGGCAGGGCUAAGACAGGCUGGCAGGUGGGUGCUGCCCACAGGAUCUUCCCUGGUGCCUGACCCCAUUGUCCUGCUCCCUGCUCUGGCCCUAGUCACCUACAAUGCCCAUCUCUGCCUGUCUAGGGGACAAAGCUCCUUCCACCUGAGAGGGUUGAAAUAAACGGGUACGUGGGAAAAACCA